UCCACAGUUGUGGUACAGUCUACUGACAUGGAUGUUUUGGUUGUAUGUCGGCAAACCGGACCAAGCUAGCUAGCGGUUUAGCAAACUAAUGUAUAUUUUCAACAACUACAGUUGUUUACCUUCAUGGCACGUGGACACCUUUGCAUGUAAAGCCGUUUUGGAUAACUAGACAUUUACGCAUAUUUUACACAUUAGUGAAAAGAAGUUUAUUGAACGUUUGGAAAAAUGGCUGGUAGCAGCAUGGCCCAGAAGACCUGGGAGCUUUCUAACAGUAUGCAAGAAGUUCAGAGCAUAGAUGAAAUUUAUAAAUAUGACAAGAAACAACAACAGGAAAUUCUUGCGGCUAAACCAUGGACAAAAGACCACCACUAUUUCAAGUACUGCAAGAUUUCUGCGCUGGCACUGCUGAAAAUGGUGAUGCACGCCAGGUCCGGUGGGAAUUUGGAGGUGAUGGGGUUGAUGUUGGGGAAAGUGGACGGGGAGACUAUGAUGAUCAUGGACAGCUUCGCUCUGCCAGUGGAGGGCACCGAGACCCGUGUCAACGCGCAAGCAGCAGCCUACGAGUACAUGGCUGCGUACAUCGAGAAUGCCAAACAGGUUGGACGCCUAGAGAACGCCAUUGGCUGGUACCACAGUCACCCUGGCUACGGUUGCUGGCUGUCCGGCAUUGACGUCAGCACACAGAUGCUCAACCAGCAGUUCCAGGAGCCUUUUGUGGCAGUGGUAAUUGACCCAACCCGAACCAUCUCUGCUGGAAAAGUCAAUCUAGGAGCCUUCAGAACAUAUCCCAAGGGCUACAAGCCCCCAGACGAGGGACCUUCAGAGUACCAGACCAUUCCACUGAAUAAGAUCGAAGAUUUCGGUGUCCACUGCAAACAGUACUAUGCCUUGGAGGUGACGUAUUUCAAAUCAUCACUGGACCGCAAGCUGCUGGAGCUCCUUUGGAACAAAUACUGGGUGAACACCCUCAGCUCGUCAAGCCUGCUAACCAAUUCGGACUACACCACGGGCCAGGUGUUUGACCUGUCGGAGAAGCUGGAGCAGUCCGAGGCCCAGCUGGGGAGGGGCAGCUUCAUGCUGGGGCUGGACACCCACGACAGGAAGUCCGAGGACAAACUGGCCAAGGCCACACGAGACAGCUGCAAAACAACCAUAGAAGCAAUCCACGGUCUGAUGUCACAGGUUAUCAAAGAUAAACUCUUCAAUCAAAUCAACACUUCAGCCAACUGACCCCAUCUGAAAAAGGAACCCAUAGACAUGCUUCAUUGCAGACGCAAGCUUCCCCUUUUAAAUUUUGUUUUGUGGAUAUUCAUUGGAAAAAAACGCAACCAUCUGACUGGUAUUCAUCAGUAGCAUUUUUGUUUGAUUUAUGACAGAAAAUGCAUUUUCCUGCUGUAGUUCUGUAUCAAUAAAAUUAAGCUGUGUGA